AUGACAACAACAGAAAUAAGUGAGACUAAGGACUGGCUCAAACACUAAGAACAUCUAAUCAUGGUUAAUUUAGACAGAUUAUAAACUAGCAAUGAUGAUAAAAGUCUAAUGGCUGGCUUGCUUAACCAUGCUCAUGAAGACAAAUACAGGACAAUCAAGAAAAAAAAUACUAUCAUCUAAGAGAAGCUUUUAUCACUUAAAACAGUACAUGAUUUCAUUUAAUCUGUUGGCUUUGAAGAUAUUGAUGAAGAAAAAUUUGAGUUUAAGGGAGACCACUAUGUCCUAGUUAUGUUUGGUCAAGCAUAGGUGUUUCAUGUGCUAGAAAAAAUAAAAUUCAAUUAUAUGAAUUAAGAGGAUAAAGCGAGGUAUCUCGAAUUAAAAUAAAACACUGAAACAAAUAAAAAGGUCAUGCAUGAGAGAAAUGAACAUAUUCAGGAGCUAAAAAAGCAAAUGGAAUUUGAUAGGAAAGAUAGGGAUGUUUAACUUUGA